AGGCAAACGUAGUGACCGAAAUGCAUACCAUCGCUCUCAUUAUUAUUUCCCUGGCAUUUAUUGGCACCGCAUAUGCUGUACUGCCCUUCCCCAUAGCAAAAGCUGAGGCUGAUGAGGAUAUUUUCAUUUUGGUCUCAGCGAACAAAGUCUUUGGUGACGCUGCUAAUCUUAGCAUGACAUCGUCAUGUUUCAAUCAUUAUAUGCCAAUACUAAAACAAAUUUCAGUUAAUUUUUCUGAGCAAUAUGUGCAAUGUGUUGAUGUCGCCACCAAAACUAUGGCUAAUCUCAAUGCAACAGCUGUUCAACAACGCGCGGCACUGGUUAAUGAGACGACGAGUUUGUGCAGCGCUUUAACUGUGUGCAAUAAUUAUGGGAGCAUGCUGGACUUUUUAGAAUGCUAUGGUGUGGCUCUAUCCGCUGAUAUAAAUAUUAGCAACAAUUUGUCGUUCAACGCGUCUACUGCAGCUAUUACUUUGAAAAGUGGUUUGACAAAAGUUGCAGACCAAAAGAAAACGUGCACAAAUGACGCACAACUUAGCUAUAAUACGAAAACUUUAAAAACUUUUGAAGAAUUGAAUGCCUGCUUGGCCAAUGGACUGUCGACUGCUGUUGCAAUUGCAUGAAGCUCUACUGAAGCCUAAGCUGUGCAUGGAUGUUGUAGAAUUAUUAAACAAGUUAGCUUAGUUAAAGCAGUAAUCUGUGGAAAAUAAGUUGAUUUGAUUUGAUUUGAAGAGCCACAAAGUGAAUUCAAGAAUUUUAGCUAAUUUCAUCAAAAAUAUUUUAUUUUUUUUUUUUCAAUUUAAUUUUUAAUUCUCCAAAUGAUGCUUAUCUGAUAAUAAUGAUGUAAAAUAAUGACUAAAGCAAGC